AUGGUGGCUAGAGCAGGUGGUCGUCCCAGCAAGAAGCCCCGUCUAGUUCGCUCAAGCUAUUCUCUGCCACAUUCUGUUGGACAAUCUUCUCAAAAUGUCCACCAUCACCGAAUAUUGACCGCACAACCUACUGGACAAAUAAAUCUAUGCACGAGAUAUCUUGAUGCAGUCCUACCUGCCAGUGACGUCUCUGACGCUGAGAACGAUGAUGGUGCUAACAGUCACGACAUGGAUCCCUGGAACGAGACUCAAUACAAUGACAGUGAGCCUCAGGCUCAUGACGAUGUCUUUGUUGUGAAAGAAAAACAAAAGCGGACUGCUGGAAAAUGGCAGGACGGAUAUUUUCACUCUGCAACUUUGAAGCAACUCAGAUUGCGCAUCCAAUUGGGAGACAACACUGAGAAACCUUGUCACAAUCCCAAACCUGCCAGAAACAAUGACUUUGUCAUAAUUGAUGUCCAUGGAAUACACGAGGUCGCACUAGACUUCUGUGAUUGCGCAAAUGCAUCCUCCCACUACAGACAACUUCUCCGCAGGCGGUUGUAUCCAGCAACUUCAACUGACCCAAGGACCGCUGCAACAUUCGCAGUACUCGAACAUUUUCACCUCCUAUCGUUUGAGUCCAAAAGCUCUGCGUAUGAGUUUUACCACUCCCUCGCAUGUGAAAGUGAUAACACAGGCAUAGCACCCAUCAAGGAUCGCUAUUCAGUUUUUUUGAGAAUCAUGAAACAAUGGCGGAAUCUCAAGUCAUUGAAACGAUCAGGUCGCGGUCACGACCCUGCUGGAGUGGGUGCGACACAAGAAGGUCAAUUAGCAGUCCUAUGCCCUGCAUGCCUGCAGUUUGGAAAAAAUGUCCCUAACGACCUGGAAGAUAUCAGUCCAAACCAACGUUGGCUUUACUCAUUAUUCUUGGCAAUUGACGCCAAUUUUCAGUCUCAAGCACUAAGUCAUGGAUGGGGUUAUUUCAUGGAAGAACGACAGUAUAAGGCACACCUUCACAAUCAUGCAGACAAGGUGCAAGAGAAGAGCUCGUGUGUCAGCCACAAUGCCAUCAACAUGGCAAACACAAAAACCUCCAUAGGUUCAGUUGUUUGCGCACGGCAUGACAUGCGGCUGGCUAAUGGUUCUGUCGGAUAUAUCAAAAUGGACUACAUUGUCUUUUCUGCCCUAUCUACUUUUUCAUCCGCCCCCAUAGUCAACUUUUCAUAUGAUAUUGCCUGUCAGUGGCAUAAAAACCUCUGGCGAUGUGUUCCAACUGCCCUUCCCUUGCAACUCCAGCCCAAUCACACACAAACCACCUUCAACUUCUUCAUACCAAAGUUCCAUAUCACCGCUCAUAUUCCCACUUGUCAAAUUAACUUCUCCUUCAACUGGACGCCAGGAGUUGGUCGGACAGACGGGGAAGUGCCAGAGCGCGGAUGGGCUGAUAUCAACCAUAUUGCUGCCAGUACGAAGGAAAUGGGUCCUGGCAGCCAUAGAGACAUUCUUGAUGACCAUUUCGGGGACUGGAACUGGAAAAAGGUGGCUACACUUGGUCGGGUCUUGCUCCAUAAGAUCAAGGAAGCCGUCAAAGCCGAAAAAGAGCAUCGACACGCCCUUACAGAGUUGGAAGAGUCCAUCAAGGACUCAGACCUAGGUGUUGCCUCGCUCACCACUUGGACAAGCGAAGUCGUAGCAUGGGAGUUGGACCACACGAAACCAAAUCCAUUUGAGAGCAGGAUUACAGCUGUAACCCAACCUGCUGUUCGUUUAGAGCUGGUAAUGCAAGAUACACAGGAUCUAGAGGAUGGAUCUUUGGUUUCUCUCCAUUCUCAUGUGACACCGAGCAUUCUUAUCAGUACUGGUCUAGAUCUCGAGCAUGCACAUCAACAUGCAACAAACGAGCAGCAAGCAAAUGCCCUGGCAUGCAGCAAUAGUCUCCAGCGUCGAAUUGAAGCAUGGACCGAGAUUCAAGUUUUAUACAUGCCAUCUCCCAACUCUGCCAAACCCGAAGAUUUUCAGCUACUAUUCCCUUCCGACAUCUGCGACUUCACAAUGUGCGAUCCGAAGCUUCUUCAAAUGGAGUGGUCCUUGCAUUUUGCGCAGGCCAACGAUGCUCUGGAUGAGUGUCGUUCCCAUAUUUGCCUUUGCCAUCAACUCUUGUGUGCAAACACUCGCGUGCAGAGGACUGUCCAAGCCGUGGAGAAGCGGCUGGUUCUCAGCCAUGAUAAAUAUUCACGUGCUCGUAGUGCACUGGUUUGCCUUUCAAGGCACCUUGAUCGUGUCGGGUGGGAUCACAAACCAAUAGGCGAUCUUGGGGGACAGACUCAGGGCACGGCAAUCAUGUCGUGGAUCUGGCUUACUCAUGGGAUCUCUUCACAUGACAGCGAGGGGCUGCAAGACUCACUCCGCGUUGAAUGGUGUAAGACAAGGGCUCGACAUACCAGAUGGUUAGAAGAAAUCCAGCUACUGCUAGUAGAAAUGCACCGCGUGUUGGCAUUCUUCACAUGGGAAGCCAAAUGUUGGGACGAGCGAGCAAUCCUUCGUGUGGUGGACCGAUCAGAGGAUGCAGAGGGGUUGAUAGCAUAUGGAAAGCGCCAGGCUGCUAUCCAUCGUGCCUUGUCUGCGAGCUUCUCUGAGAUGUGUGCAGCCCGGGCACCCUCCAUUAAAGCAAUGUACCGGUUCUUCACCGGUUCUUCGGAUGGAGAAUCAUGGCGCGAUCUCAAAUAUGCAUAG